GAUCUGUUUCUGCAAUCGCGAAAGGCAUGGAAAUAUUUAAGCGUCAUCCCUGGAAAAAUCUAUCACAGACGCGAAUUUUAAGCAGCUGUAUAUGUAGCAGAAGGACCGUCGCUUUUACAGCUCUGCAUGCAAUUGUUGCAGUGCUCAUCAUAAAAAAAGGCUCACCUCAAGAUUUUUCGCGUACAAACAGUCGCGGCAAUCAAACGCGGCGUAUCCAGUUAUCUUUAAAAAUUUAUAGCAUUGAAAUCAGAUAUGAUAUUCGAUAUCCGCGAAAGAAAUUAAAUAAAAGGCCAGAUGCGCAUAUGCUAAACUAUAAAAUUUGCUCCCAUCCCCGCUCCGUCAUUAUUAGCCGUUCCGCGAUUUUUAUUCCCAAACCAAACAAGAACACGGUGAAAAAAACGUCGUGAAAAUUACUGUCGAU